AUGAUGGAGCUGCGCAAGUACUGGGGUGUGGGGGGCAGGCGGUGCGGGGCGUGCGAAGGGGCGGCGCCGGCGGCGGUACACUGCCGGGACUGCGCCGGGUACCUGUGCACGGGGUGCGACGCGCGCCCGGCGCACGCGCGGGCGGGACACGAGCGCGUCUGGGUGUGCGAGGUCUGCGAGGUCAGCCCCGCGGCCGUCACGUGCAAGGCCGACGCCGCCGUGCUCUGCGCCGCGUGCGACGCCGACAUCCACCACGCCAACCCGCUCGCCGAGCGCCACGUGCGCGUGCCCAUCGCGCCCAUCGGCUCCCCCGAGGCCGCCGCGGUGGCGGCCGAGGCCAUGAUGUUCUGCGGCGCCGGUGACGGGGAGGCCAGGGCGGAUCAGGACGAGGUGCCCGAGCAGCUGCGCCAGCACGGGGGCAUGCUGAACCUCAACGUGGAGGCCGGCAAGGAGGGCGGGAAGAUGGACUACCUCUUCUCCGACCUCGUCGACCCCUACCUCGCCGUCGACUUUACGCGCUUCGCCCACGCUGACAGCGUCGUGCCCAGCGGGGUCGCCACCGCCGCGGUACCCGCCGUCGUGGACCUGGACUUCGCGUGCGGGAUCCCCGCCAAGCCGCCGCCGACCUACAGCUCCUCGUACACGGCCAACGCCUCCGGCGCGCACAGCGGCUCUUCAUCGGAGGUCGGCGUGGUGCCGGAGGCCAUCUGCGGCGGCGUCGGGAGCUUAGAGAUCGACUUCACCAGGCCCAAGCCGCAGGCGUACAUGCCCGCGUACACCGCGGCGCCGCCGAGCCACGGCGUGGGCAUGCAGCAGGCGUCGCCGGUGGACAUGGGAUACUUGACGGUGCCGGAGCGUCCGGUGGCGGUGACCGGGGAGGGCCGGGUGGCGAGGCUGAUGCGGUACCGGGAGAAGAGGAAGAACCGCCGGUUCGAGAAGACCAUCCGGUACGCGUCCAGGAAGGCCUACGCCGAGUCGCGGCCGCGCGUCAAGGGCCGCUUCGCCAAGCGCACCGACCAGGACGCCGACGGCGACGACUUGGACGCGGAGGCCCAUGCGGUGCCGUCUUCCACCUCCUACUUGCUCGACUUCGGCUACGGCGUCGUGCCGUCCUUCUGA